GCAAUAAAUGUGAGUAACUGAAGGACGCGUGGUUCCCCGUGACUUCAACUCCUUUUAUACUCUUUCCUUUCUUCUCUUUUCUUCCCCUCACUUCGCAUCAUCAUCAUCUUCGUUCAAACUCUGAAUUCUUCCUAUUAAUCGUUCAUCUUCUCUUCUCUUUUCCAACAACUUGCGAUUUUAACUAUGGCGUCUUUCCAGCCGAACAUAGAUUCCAGUAAUUCGGACACGUUGCGAGAAUCCAAUCACAAGAAGCGCAAGAAAAUCGGAGAUCCCGCCGGCGAACGCAAUUCCCUUAACCUCAUCCCGUGGAGCUCCGAGGUGGAGCAGCGGAUCUACUCCCGCCGCCUCGUCGAGGCUCUCCGCCGGACUACGUCAUCGGCGACCAAGCCUAGAGCCGCCGGUCAAGUCCGCGAGACCGCCGACCGAGUCCUCGCCGCCACCGCUAAGGGAAGAACGCGGUGGAGCCGCGCGAUUCUCCGCCGCUGGAAGAAGCUCCAGAGGCAGCACAAGAAGGUGAAGAAAGUAUCCGCCGGAUUGAAGAGAACCGGGAUUGGCGGUGAGAGAAGGAGCCGGUUACCGGCUGUGCAGAAGAAAGCGCGCGUUCUCAGCCGGCUGGUUCCCGGUUGCCGGAAGGUCUCGUUUCCGAACCUUCUGGAAGAAGCUAGUGACUAUAUUUCGGCGUUGGAGAUGCAAGUGCGAGCCAUGACGGCUCUCGCCGAGAUACUCUCCGGUAGCGCGCCGGACUCGCCGGUGGCGUGUUGAGUUGACCCGGGCGCGUUGUUUACAGGCUAGGAUGUAUUGCGCCAGGUGUUUUUUAAUUUUUUUUAAUUAUUAUAUCGUUUUUAUUGGUUUCAAGAUUCAUGUAUUUUAACGUGUACACUGUACAUGCCAUUUGCUUAUUCCUCCUUUGAGUUCCACUAUCACUACUUUUCUUUUUUCUUUUUUUUUCCUUUUAUUCUUUUAUAUUUAAUUGAAUGGGAACAU